CACCGAGCCCACGUCCACUCCUGCUCCCACUGUUUCCAUCCUUAACUCUCUCGAAGAUUACUCUUUAGUUUUCAUGCUUCUGCAUCCUUUUCACGCCUUAUUUUUAAUCUCUCUAUGCUCUAUCCCCCAUUUACUCCAUCGCUUGCAUUGCUUUUCUCACAACCACCAUCCGUAUCGUGUCGUCGAUCUCCAGACGAUCUAAUCGUUGAAAAAGAGCGCUAUUGCCUGAUUGGCGACAGCCUGGACGAAGCCUUCGUGGACUUGAUUGUGGGUCUGGAGCCCUUCUGGAAUCCACGCAACCCCAAGCCGCCGACGCCAAAGUUGCCCACACCCACGCCCGAGGAGCUGGCCGCCAUGGAGGCAGCGCGUGCGGAAGCGGAAGCCGCCGCUGCUGCCGAGGCGGAAGCGAAAGCAGCCGCUGCUGGUGCCGAGGCUGGAGCCGAGGGCGAGGGAGAAGCGCCCGGAGAACCGGGUGCACCACCCAAGGAGCCGACUCCGCCGCCCAAGGAGCCAACACCUCCACCACCACCACCGCCGCCAUUCGAGUACUCGAUCGAUCUGCCCCCAGAGGGUGCCGAGGUGCCUUAUGUCAAGAACUACGAGCCACCACCACCCGGAUCCGAGCCAGAGCCAGCGCCAGCGGCUGAGGGAGAGGCUGCUCCGGCUGCUGAUGGUGCUGCUCCACCUGCUGAGGGUGCUGCUCCGGCUGCCGAAGGAGCUGCUCCUCCAGCUGAAGGUGCUGCUCCUCCAGCUGAGGGUGCUGCUCCUCCGGCUGAAGGUGCUGCUCCAGCUCCCGCAGAAGGAGCUGCUCCAGCUGCUGAGGGUGAAGCCGCACCGGCUGCCGAGGCGGCUCCUGCUGCUGAAGCUGCUCCGGCUGCUGAAGCUGCUCCUGCUGCUGAGGCUGCUCCUGCUGCCGAAGCUGCUCCUGCUGCCGAAGCUGCUCCUGCUGCCGAAGGCGAGGCACCACCAGCUUAAACCAACGAACCAAGCCAAUCCCCGCCAGAAAGUGCUGCACAAGACCGAAAGAAUAAACCACAACUGCUACCAAAUGCUGCCCCUGCUUUUAAAAACCUAAAAUUAAGAGCACGUUUUUUGGAAACAUUUUUUAUUCACAAAACCGAACGAAAAAUCGAAUUAAAAAGAGUUCAGUUAACCGACUAAGCAUUGCAAAAACCAAAA